AUGGAAUUAGCAAAUAUCCAUGUGGCACACUCACUUUUGGAGUCAGUCAAGGCGCGUCUAAAGGUUACGCUCAAGACAAAAGACAUGCCAAUGGAAAAGUUAAUACAGACUAUAUAUGUGCAAUACCGAUACUCUUGUCAAAGCAAGACCAAAUGGGCAGCAUUGCAUAUUGAAUCAAGAAAAACAGGUCGUCUAGCAACUGACCGUGUUAACAGACAACAGCAACACCAAGAAAAAGCAAACUCGAUCACGCACCAAAGUAUGGAUACACGUCAGGUUGCAUCUACACAUAUCCUUAAACCACGCAAUUCUGCCAGUUUAUCACUCAGAGCUUAUGGCAUACAACCCAACCGUACAUCUACAAACCAAACCCUGUCCUCCAGUAGAGGGUUGCUUCGAGAAAAAUCAAAGAAAUCCGACUCCAACAUCGUCUCAAAAGAUGCACUUGUUAGGCUACGACUUCUUCUUGGUGGAGAACUGCUUAUAAUGAAUGAUUUUUGGCGUAGUUGGAAUGCUCAGUCUCCAUCUAGUCUUGUCCACCAUGCACAUAGUUACACUUGUAAUGCGUUUGUUUUCUUUUUGGGUUAUCCACUUGAAUGCUUACUCACAUUUGAUAGAUUUGACUUAUUUGCCAACGGGACUGCUAUGUGCGACUCGGAUUUGUUUGGAUCAUAUCAAAAGCAAUUGGUGGAUUACACCAAUGGCCCAUGGAUACUUCUCGCUUACGUGAUUAUUCAGGUAGCUGAUUUGAGUAUUGACUUGUUUACAUCACGAUAG